AUACACUAAUUGAUGUACAUUUUAUACUUGAUACACUAAUCUGAUGUGCACGUUACAUUAAUAUGAUGCGCGAGAUACGUUAAUUUGAUGCGCUGAUACAUUAAUCGAAUGCAUGAAAAUAAGGGAUUUUGGAAAUUUAUAAAACUAAUAGGGGAUAUUGGUAAUAAGAGAACUUAAAGGUGAGAUUUCUAUCAUUUUUCCAUAAAUUUAUCUACAUAAAUUAGCUUGUAAAUUUUAUUAUACAGAGAGAGUAGUGCUUUUUCUAUAGAAGUCUUCUUUGACUCCAUCUCCAUGAAUUUGUUAAUGCUACUAGCCAAAGUGGCAGAAAAAUCACAUGUUAUGUAUAAUAUAACUUUUCUUUUGAUUCUUUUUUUUUUCUUCUCAAAGUGGACUCACUUGUUUUUAUGUCCAACUCAAGUUGUCAAAAUAACUAGAGCAAAGUCUGUAAAUCUUGGAUUGCUAAGCAUUAAAUUUCCUAAUUGAUAAAUGACCUUGCAAGUUUUCUAGGAAAAAUAGAUUCAUGCAAGAGAAAAUUAGGUGAUAUUGUUGGAACUUGGAAGUUUACAUGGAUAUUUGAUGUGGCCCUUUAUUCAUUUUACUUUUCUUAGUCUUUUUGGUUUAGAAGUUUCCAUGUAACUUGUUUAUGCUACUAGCCAAAGUGGGACAAAAAUCAGAUGCAAUAACUUUACUUUUCAUUCUUUUUUCUUAUCAAAGUGGGGUCACUUAUCUAGGAAAGUACAUAGAUACAUGCAAGAACUAGUCAAUGGUAAAUAUAUAUAUAUAUAUAUAUAUAUGUAUAUAUUAAUUGCUUCUUGCUCAUAGUUUCAAACAAAAAACAAUGGACAAAUGGAAAUAUGCAAGAUUAGCACAGUUCCUUUUCACUUUGUCUCUACUGUUCCUAGAGACAUCUUUUGGAUUAGGUGGUAACAAGACCCUAUGUUUAGAUAAGGAGAGAGAUGCUCUUCUUGAGUUCAAAAGAGGUCUUACUGAUUCUUUUGAUCAUUUAUCUACAUGGGGUGAUGAAGAAGAUAAACAAGAAUGCUGCAAAUGGAAGGGUAUUGAAUGUGACAGAAGAACAGGUCAUGUAACUGUUAUUGAUCUACACAAUAAGUUUACUUGUUCUGCUGGUGCCAGUGCUUGUUUUGCUCCAAGAUUGACAGGUAAACUUAGCCCUUCUCUGCUUGAGUUGGAGUACUUGAAUUACUUGGACCUCAGUGUUAAUGAAUUUGAAAGAAGUGAAAUACCAAGAUUCAUAGGCUCACUUAAGAGACUAGAGUACUUGAACCUGUCAGCUUCUUUUUUUUCUGGUGUAAUUCCAAUACAGUUCCAGAAUCUAGUUUCUUUAAGGACUCUUGAUCUUGGAGAAAAUAAUCUUAUAGUAAAGGACCUUAGAUGGCUUCCUCAUCUGUCUUCUCUAGAGUUUUUGAGUCUGAGUUCUAGCAACUUCCAAGUAAACAAUUGGUUUCAAGAGAUAACUAAGGUCCCUUCAUUGAAAGAACUGGACUUGAGUGGUUGUGGACUCUCUAAGUUGGUUCCAUCUCAAGCUGAUUUAGCCAAUUCUUCUUUAAUAUCUAUUUCUGUUCUUCAUUUAUGUUGUAAUGAGUUUUCUUCUUCAUCUGAAUAUAGCUGGGUAUUCAAUUUGACCACAAGCCUAACUAGCAUUGACCUCCUUUAUAAUCAACUCAGCGGUCAAAUUGAUGAUCGCUUUGGGACCUUGAUGUAUCUUGAACAUCUUGAUCUUGCUAAUAACUUAAAGAUUGAAUGUGGGGUUCCCAGUUCUUUUGGGAAUUUGACACGUUUACGUCAUCUGGACAUGUCUAAUACUCAGACAGUCCAAUGGCUUCCUGAGUUGUUUCUCAGGUUAUCAGGCAGUAGGAAAUCACUUGAGGUUUUGGGGUUGAACGAAAACUCAUUGUUUGGUUCAAUUGUUAAUGCAACAAGAUUUCAUCCUUAAAGAAAUUAUACCUGCAGAAGAAUA